AUUUUGAUGGCCAUUUCUCACAGGCUUCUAGAAAACAGGUAUAUAAUGAAAGUUGGUACGACAGUGCCGGGCAGAUUCAUCAAUCGAUCAGUAAAUGUUGUUCUUCACUUUGCUGAUUCAAUUAUUUUUGGUUCCCGUUUUAUGCCAGUACGCUUGCAGUUCUGAGUUGAAAUUUGGAACUGCGUGCUCUGAAAACAAAACUUCUACAAAGUGGUAUUAUGAUUCCAAAUUAUUGUUUUGCUAUCCGUACAAGUAUUUGGGAUGUGGAGAAGGAUCAAACUCAUUUGAAUCCAACGAGAACUGCCUUGAAUCUUGUAAACCAGCUGACCAAUUUUCAUGCGGCGGCAAUACUGGCCCUGAUGGUGUCUGCUUCGCUCACGGAGAUCAAGGAUGCAAAAAAGGAACGGUGUGUGUGAUGGGAGGAAUGGUUGGAUUCUGCUGUGAUAAGAAAAUUCAAGACGAAUGGAACAAGGAGAAUUCACCAAAGUGUUUGAAAGGUCAAGUUGUCCAAUUCAAGCAAUGGUUUGGAAUGACGCCUCUUAUUGGACGUAGUUGUUCGCAUAAUUUCUGUCCCGAGAAAUCGACAUGCGUACAGGGAAAAUGGACUGCUUAUUGUUGCCAAUAAUUCAUCUUUCUGUAACCCUGUUCUUGUAAUGUAUAUUUGCGAUCGAAUGAAUUUCUCUGAAAAAGU